AUGGAACGCUUUGCAGAGAUGGAAAUCGACGAUGCAGUGGACGACCGCCCGAGGUUCACAGCGGAAGAGUUGGAGAAGAUUCAUCAAGCCAAGUCACAGCCUAGAACAGUCGUGACAACCCGUCCCACAUCCUUAGGCUAUAUAUCCAUUGCUUGCAUCAUAAUCAACAGGAUGGUGGGGACUGGAAUCUUUAGGACACCCACCACAGUUGCUCACGGGACGCAUAGCGUGGGCUACAGUCUCAUUUUCUGGGCUGCUGGGGCCAUCGUUGCCGUCGCAGGGGUUCUCGUCUUUGCAGAAUUCGGCUUGACUGUCCCAAGAUUGAGGGUCGAGAAUGAGCAUGAGAAACAAUCCGUACCUCGAAACGGAGGCGAGAAGAAUUAUCUCGAAUACAUGGUCAAACGGCCACUCUAUCUUGCCACUUGUAUCUAUGGCAUCCCCUUCAUCUGCCUGGGCACCGCAGCGGGUAAUGCGAUCGUCUUUGCCGAGAAUAUCAUGCUGGCAUCUGGGAAGAAGGCCGUGAAUGGCUCGGUUCGAGGCAUCGCUAUUGGGGUUAUGACAUUUGCCUGUUUGCUGCAUGCCACGUCAAGGACCGGAGGCGUGUGGCUGAACAACUUUUUUGGGACGGUCAAAUUCUUCAUGCUCAUCGCCCUGUUCAUUCUCGGAGUGGUGUAUGCGGCCGGAGGCUUUGGUGGGAACGACCAGACAGCGGCAAACAACUUGAGCGUGCACAAUUCCUUUAAGGGAGCUGCGACAUCGUCGUACGGCUAUGCCGAAGCGUUCCUGGGCAUCAUCUUUGCGAUCGGGGGCUUCAAUCAGGCCAACUAUGUUCUUGGAGACAUCGACGAUCCGCGGAAGAAGUUCAAGCAUACUGCCAUAACCACUGUCAGCAUUGUCAGCAUAUUGUACAUCCUGAUCAACAUAUCCUAUAUGCUGGUCGUCCCUGCGUCGGUCCUCUUCAGUCAAGCCGAUGACACUGUUGCCCAACCGUUCUUCCAGCGAAUCUUUGGAUACGAGGCUGCGGACAAGGCGCUCUGCGGGUUCAUCGCGUUUUCGAGCUUCGGGAACAUCAUCGUGCAGACCUUCACUGCGGCGCGGGUCAAGCAGGAGAUCGCCAAAGAAGGGAUUCUGCCGUGGGCAAGGUUCUUCGCCAACAAUUAUUCGCUCUGGCCACGACGGUGGCGGCGCAAUCACACUGCGGUAGAAAGGUCCGACGACACACCGGCAGGGGCACUGAUCUUGCACUUGAUCUUCGCCGUAGGAGUGAUCGUGCUGACCAUCCCCGAAAAGAACCGCAACGACGCCUACCGGACCGUGGUCAAUCUGUACUCGUUCACCAUCGACGCCCUGUUUGGGUGCGCUGUGGGCCUGAGCCUGCUCGUCCUGCGCCUGUACCCUGGCUACCACUGGGCUAGCAAGUCGCAGUCGAAUGCGUACGUGAGCAUUUCGGCCGCGCUCAUCUUCACCAUCGCCAACGCGUUCCCGCUGGUUGCGGUCUGGAUUCCCCCCUCGGGCGACACGGGGAUCACUCAGCCCGUCAAGUGGUAUCUGACGGGCACCAUCGGCAUGGGUCUAAUUGGCUUUUCUCUCGCGUACUGGCUUGUCUUCUACUAUGUCGUGCCGCGGGUGAAGGGCCAGCUUGAGGUGGAAAGAGAGGAGAUUCUGGACGAUGGCAACGGUUACUGGAUUAUGUGGCAUGAGAUUGUGAAGUUCAAUUGGAGGAUGGCUUGA